AAAUCUUCGUACGUGCCUCCGCAUCUGAGGAACCGCCCCGCGGGCGGCGGCGGCGACGGCUUCGGCGGCGACCGCGGCGGAUUCGGCGGCGACAGACGCGGAGGCGCGUGCGGCGGCGACUACGGCGGCGGGUUCGGCGGCCGGCGCGACGACCGCGGCGGCGGCGACUACGGCCGCGGCGGCGGCGGCUGGGGCGGCGGCGGCCGCGACGACCGACGCGGCGGCGGCGGCGGCGGCUGGGGCGUCUCGCGGCGCUUCCGCGAGGAGGAUCCGUUCGCGAAGCAAGAGAAGGAAGACAUGGAAGCGAACGCGUCCUUCGGCGCGCCCGGGAGCAUCGACGUGUCGGGCGCGGACCCGGACGCGCCGACCUACGGCGAGUCCACGGCCAUCGACUUCGACGCGUACGAGGAUAUCCCCGUGGAGACGUCGGGGGAAGCGUGCCCGGAGCCCAUAGCGUCGUUCCAGGACGUCGACUUCGGGGCCGCAGUGAACAAGAACAUCGCGCGGUGCAAGUUUAAGAACCCGACGCCGGUGCAAAAGUACGCGAUUCCAAUCUCUUUGGCGCGUCGGGAUCUCAUGGCGUGCGCGCAGACGGGGUCGGGGAAGACGGCGGCGUUUUGCUUCCCCAUAAUCUACGGGCUGCUCGACCGCGGCCUCGCGGGGUCGCAGCGCGGCGGCCGCAAGACGUUCCCGCUCGCGCUCGUCAUCGCCCCCACGCGCGAGCUCGCGAUUCAGAUUCACGAGGAGUCGCGGAAGUUUGCGUACCAGACGGGCGUCGCGUCGUGCGUCAUCUACGGCGGCGCGCCGGCGGCGCAGCAAUUUCGCGAGAUGGAACGAGGCUGCGACAUCCUCGUCGCGACGCCCGGGCGGCUCAUCGACCUCGUCGACCGCGCGAAGAUCUCGCUGAGCGAGGUGCGCUACCUCGCGCUGGACGAGGCGGACCGGAUGUUGGACAUGGGGUUCGAGCCGCAGAUUCGCCAGAUCGUCGAGCAGCGAGACAUGCCGCCGACGGGGGAGCGACAGACGAUGCUCUUCUCCGCGACGUUUCCGAGGGAGAUUCAGCGCAUGGCGUCCGAUUUCUUGAAAGACUACAUCUUCCUCACCGUCGGUCGCGUCGGGUCCUCGCACACGCUCAUCACGCAGCAGAUCGAGUACCUUCGAUCGUACGAGGAUAAGAAGAGCAUGCUCAUGGACCUCGUGCACGCGGUGAAGGGGCUGACGUUGGUCUUCGUGGAGACGAAACGCGGCGCGGAUCAGCUCGAGGAUUGGCUCAGCCGAGAGGGCUUCCCGAGCACGAGCAUCCACGGCGACCGCACGCAGCAAGAGCGCGAAUACGCGCUCAAGUCCUUCAGGAGCGGGCGGACGCCCAUCCUCGUCGCGACGGACGUCGCCGCGCGCGGGCUCGACAUCCCGCACGUCACGCACGUCAUCAACUUUGAUCUGCCGUCGGACAUCGACGACUACGUGCACCGCAUCGGACGCACGGGGCGCGCGGGGAAGAAGGGGCUCGCGACCGCGUUCUUCACGGACAAGGACGCCGGGCUCGCGCGGAGCAUGAUCGAGCUCAUGACCGAGGCGGGGCAGGAGGUGCCGAGCUUCCUGAACGGGUUCUCCGGGAGGGGAGGGUUCGGAGGGGGAGGGAAGAGACGGGGCGGCGGCCGCGGGGGGGGCGGCUUCGGCGGGAGGGAUUUCCGCAGCCACGGCGGGGGAGGCGGCGGCGGCGGCGGCGGCGGCGACUGGCCUUCACGAGGCGGGGGAGGCGGCGGCGGCGGCGGAGGAUGGGGCGGCGGCGGCGGCGGCGGGUACGGCGGCGGCGGCGGCGGGAGCGCGUGGGACUGA